AUGAAGUUGAGAACUGCCAUUGCCACACUGUGCCUAACGGCUUUUACAUCUGCAAAUUCAAACAAUAGCUACCUCGGCACCGAUCGAACCCAAAUUGCCUUCAAUGACACUCACUUUUGUAAGAUAGAUAGAAAUGAUAAUGUUAGCCCUAGUUGCAACGUAACCUUUAAUGAAUUAAACGCCAUAAAUGAUAAUAUUAGAAAUGAUCUGUCGGCUUUAUUAAAAUCAGAUUUCUUCAAAUACUUUCGACUGGAUUUAUACAAACAAUGUUCCUUUUGGGAUGCCAACGAUGGACUGUGCUUAAACCGCGCUUGCUCCGUUGAUGUGGUAGAGGACUGGGAUAAACUGCCCGAGUACUGGCAACCUGAGAUCUUGGGUAGUUUCAAUAACGAUACAGUGACGGAAGCAGAUGAUAACGAUGAUGAAUGUAAGUUUCUAGAUCAACUAUGUCAGACUAGUAAAAAACCAGUGGAAAUUGAGGACACCAUCAACUACUGCGAUGUAAAUGAUUUCAAUGGGAAAAACGCCGUUUUGAUUGAUUUAACAGCUAAUCCAGAACGAUUUACCGGUUACGGCGGUAAGCAAGCGGGUCAAAUUUGGUCUACUAUAUACCAGGAUAACUGUUUCACGAUUGGUGAAACAGGUGAGUCGCUAGCCAAAGAUGCAUUCUAUAGACUUGUAUCCGGAUUUCAUGCCUCUAUCGGUACUCAUUUAUCGAAAGAAUACCUGAACACCAAAACUGGUAAGUGGGAGCCGAACCUCGAUUUGUUUAUGGCAAGAAUCGGAAAUUUUCCCGAGAGAGUAACCAACAUGUAUUUCAAUUAUGCUGUUGUCGCCAAAGCCCUUUGGAAGAUCCAGCCUUACUUACCUGAGUUUUCAUUUUGUGAUUUAGUCAAUAAACAAAUCAAGAACAAAAUGGACAACGUUAUUUCUCAACUGGACACAAGCAUUUUCAAUGAAGACCUAGUUUUUGCCAACGAUCUAAGUUUAACUCUGAAGGACGAAUUCAGAUCUCGCUUCAAAAAUGUCACGAAGAUAAUGGAUUGUGUUCAAUGUGAUAGAUGCAGACUUUGGGGUAAAAUCCAAACAACUGGUUAUGCAACUGCUCUGAAAAUUUUGUUCGAAAUUAAUGAUGCUGAUGAAUUUACCAAACAGCAUAUCGUCGGUAAGUUAACCAAAUAUGAGUUGAUUGCGCUGUUACAGACUUUCGGUAGAUUGUCAGAAUCUAUUGAGUCAGUUAAUAUGUUCGAAAAAAUGUAUGGGAAAAGACUAAAUGGUUCUGAAAAUAGAUUGAGUUCUUUCUUCCAGAACAACUUUUUUAACAUUUUGAAGAAAGCUGGUAAAUCCAUUCGCUACACCAUAGAAAACAUUAACUCAACUAAAGAACAAAAGGAAAAAAUCAAUGACUCGCAGUCACACGUAUUUGAUGACCUGAAGAUGCCCAAACCCAAAAGUGGUUCAAAAAGAGAUACUGGUGUAGUAAAUAAAUGGAAGAAGGCUUGGAAUGUCGAAAUUAACAAUGUUUCAGAAGCAUUCAGCUUCAUCUUUAGAAGCUAUAUUGAUUUACCAAAGAAUAUUUGGAACUUAUUUUUGAUGGUCGCGUAUGAAUUUUGGAAUAAUUUCAUUGGUGUGGCCAAUUAUGUUAAUGAGGAAGUAGAAGAGCCAAAAUCUUAUAAGCUAAACAUACAAUAA